AUGGUGACCGCCCCAUCGACCUCGAAACUGCCAACAUCAUCAUCGCCGACCCUGGGCCAACCGAAGCCAUGGUAUCGCUACGUCAACCUCGAUCUACUGGUGCGAAUCCUGGUCAACUCCGUCUUCCACCCAUACAUCAUCUUCAUCUUCUAUCUGACCCAAGCGGCGUUGCACGUGCACCGUGAGCCACUGGCAUACUACACGCUCUGCUACGCGGCGCUUCUUGGCGUGCUGGAGAUCGGCGCCAACAUCAACCACCGUCUCACAUACGGAAAGCACCGUGAAGUCAAGUGGGAGAAGGAAGUCGUCAUCAUCACCGGCGGUGGCAGUGGGCUGGGAAGGGUCCUGGCGGAGAUGAUCAUGAGGAAAGGUGGGAAGGUCGCUAUCCUGGAUGUUAAGGGGGCUGACGAGGUGGCCGAGGAUGCCAUGGAGAGGUGGGAUUUGGUAUGGGAGAAGUGUGAUGUUGCGAAGGAGAGUGAGGUCAAGGAAGCAGUGGAUAGGAUUGUGGAUGAUCUCGGCGCGCCGACUGUACUUAUCAACAAUGCUGCUUCUGGAAUUACUGGUUUACCACUGCUGUCUUCAAUCACCAACCCCACGGUAUUAUCCCCAGCACAGGCAGCGAAGACACUAACCAUCAACACCGUUUCACACUUCAACACACUCUCCGCUCUUCUUCCUCACCUUAUCAAAUCUCCCCAAGGCGCCCACAUCGUCACCAUCUCCUCGAUCCUCUCACACCUAGCACCAGCUUCACUAGCAGAUUAUACCAGUUCCAAAUCCGCGAUUUCAUCCCUGCAUCAAACCCUGCAACAUGAACUCCGCUCUCACCCGGACCCUUCAGCUUUUGCCAGGGUGAAGACUCUGCUGGUCGAGACCGGUCAGAUCAAAACACAGCUGUUCGCGGACAAAACGUCCCUUCCUUCAUAUGCGGAGUUCUUUGGCCCCGUGCUCGAAGCCAAGGAUAUAGCGAAGGAAAUCGUCAAGACCAUUGAGAGAGGCGAUGGUGGUAUUCUUCGUAUGCCCUUCUAUGCUAAGUGCAUGCCAAUUUAUUCCCUGCUGCCGGGUACGGCACAGGCUUUGGUGAGAUGGUUCAGCGGAAUUGAUAGGGCGAUCGGGGCGGGGAGCAAGACUUCCUAA